UGCGCCGCAGCGAAUGGUCGCGCCGGGCCGCCGCUCUAACUGACCUUUCACCCGCGCCCAGCGGUCCCGGGCGGCGGCACAAGGCGGAAGCCAUGGCGGAGGCGGCGGCUGCAGCGGGCGGGACGGGCGUGGGCACAGGCUGCUGUUCUGCAGCGGACCGGGACCGAGACCCGGACCCGGAUCGAGACCGUGCCGGGCGGAGGCUCCGGGUUCUCUCCGGUCAUCUGCUGGGCCGGCCCCAGGAGGCUGUGAGUACCAAUGAGUGCAAAGCGCGGAGAGCCGCGUCGGCGGCCACGGCGGCUCCCACUGCCACUCCCGCCGCGCAGGAGUCGGGCACCAUCCCCAAGAAACGGCAAGAAGUUAUGAAAUGGAAUGGAUGGGGAUAUAAUGAUUCCAAGUUCUUCUUCAAUAAGAAAGGCCAAGUUGAGUUGACUGGGAAAAGGUACCCUCUUAGUGGCAUGACUUUACCAACUUUUAGAGACUGGAUCCAAAAUACCCUUGGAGUAAGCCUGGAGCAUAGAACUACCUCUAAAGCAUCCUUAAAUCCUAGUGAUACACCUCCUUCUAUUGUAAAUGAAGAUUUUCUUCAUGACCUUAAAGAAACUAAUAUUUCAUAUUCACAAGAAGCAGAUGAUCGAGUAUUUAGAGCUCAUGGUCAUUGUCUUCAUGAGAUAUUUUUGCUCAGGGAAGGAAUAUUUCAGCGAAUUCCUGAUAUAGUUUUAUGGCCAACAUGUCAUGAUGACGUAGUUAAGAUUGUGAAUCUAGCGUGCAAAUAUAACCUUUGUAUCAUACCAAUUGGUGGAGGAACAAGUGUAUCAUACGGCUUAAUGUGUCCUGCAGAUGAGACAAGAACAAUUAUUUCUUUGGACACUUCACAAAUGAAUCGAAUCCUCUGGGUUGAUGAGAACAAUCUGACAGCUCAUGUAGAGGCUGGUAUAACAGGACAGGAUUUGGAAAGACAGCUUAAAGAAAGUGGUUAUUGUACAGGUCAUGAACCGGAUUCCCUGGAAUUCAGCACUGUGGGAGGAUGGGUAUCUACUCGGGCAUCGGGCAUGAAAAAGAAUAUCUAUGGCAAUAUUGAGGACCUGGUGGUUCAUAUAAAAAUGGUAACACCUAGAGGUAUAAUAGAAAAAAGCUGUCAAGGACCUCGUAUGUCAACAGGCCCUGAUAUCCAUCACUUCAUCAUGGGAUCUGAAGGAACUCUUGGUGUGAUAACAGAAGCUACAAUAAAAAUCAGACCAAUCCCUGAAUACCAAAAGUAUGGCUCAGUAGCUUUCCCUAAUUUUGAACAAGGAGUAGCCUGUUUAAGAGAAAUUGCAAAACAGAGAUGUGCUCCUGCAUCUAUUCGCCUCAUGGACAACCAACAGUUUCAGUUUGGUCAUGCUCUUAAACCUCAGGUUUCCUCUAUUUUUACAUCAUUUUUGGAUGGCUUAAAAAAGUUUUAUAUUACAAAGUUUAAAGGAUUUGAUCCAAAUCAGUUAACUGUUGCUACAUUACUAUUUGAGGGGGACCGUGAGAAGGUUCUUCAACAUGAAAAACAAGUGUAUGACAUUGCUGCAAAAUUUGGUGGGUUGGCAAUUGGAGAAGAUAAUGGACAGAGAGGUUAUUUGCUGACCUAUGUCAUUGCGUAUAUUCGAGACUUGGGUUUGGAAUACUAUAUAUUAGGAGAGUCUUUUGAGACUUCUGCUCCUUGGGACAGGGUUGUGGAUCUCUGUAGAAAUGUAAAAGAACGAAUAACAAGGGAAUGCAAAGAGAAGGGUGUUCAGUUUGCUCCUCUUUCUACAUGCAGGGUGACGCAGACUUAUGAUGCAGGUGCAUGUAUCUAUUUCUACUUUGCCUUUAACUACAGGGGAAUAAGUGACCCACUGACUGUGUUUGAACAAACCGAGGCAGCUGCUAGAGAAGAAAUCCUUGCUAAUGGAGGGAGCCUCUCACAUCACCACGGAGUGGGCAAGUUACGGAAGCAGUGGCUAAAGGAAAGUAUCUCUGAUGUCGGCUUUGGGAUGCUGAAGUCUGUCAAGGAAUAUGUGGACCCCAAUAACAUCUUUGGAAACAAAAACCUUUUAUAAAUCCAUUACUGUUGUUACAAAAAAAAUGUCACUUUUUUUUUAUUUUUAAGUCUUCAACUAUGGUUAUACCAGUAAUCAAAUAUAUCAUGGAUUGUAUUUCAGCAAAAUUUUUUUGUUGGUUUUAAAUAAGUUGUUUCUGUUUUGUUUUGUUUCUACAUCUAUGGAUUGACAGAUGGUAUUCCUAAAUCUCUCUCAUUGUAGGUGCAUCAGUUUACAGCCAACUGGUUGUCAUUUCAAAUUUUAGUCAGGUGGCACAGGGCUGCUAGUUGUUAUUUCAGAGGAAGAUGCUGCCAGCUGUUUCGUGUUGAUGCUUCCCCUUGGGAACAAAGGGAGAUUUUGGUGUCAUCCACUGCUUAUCUAGCCUCCCUUUUAAGGACGUUUCUGGAAAGCAGUUAUCUGGGGAAGGAUGCCACUGAGGAGUGAUAACACAUGUAUGUUUUUUAAGAGUGCAUUCUAGUGUGAGUAGGUCAUUAAGAAGAAUACUAAUGAAAGAAUAUAGGCGACCUGUUAUUUAGGAUGCCUCAGUUCGGUGAGAUGCUUGGCCUACAUUUUUCUUUGAAAUUAGUAUACGUUUAUAAAACCUGAGAUGAGCAAAAAGUUAUUGUUAGGGGACAUGUUUCUAUUCUCCACGUUUCUGUUUCUACUGGGGUAUGAGUUGAAUGUGUAUCACCGAGAUAGAUAACUUCUUGUUAUAUCCUAGUUCCUUCGUAGUAUGUUUUGUAAGAAAGCUGACUUAUCACUCAUUGUAUGUGAACAGCAGGUUUACCAUGAAACGAAUGCCUUUAUUUAGCUUAGAAUCCUAAUGUUUCUGAUUUCACAUUCUUGUUGCUGAGAUGCAGAAGAAACUGCAACCGGAGUAGAAGAAGGAAGACUCCUUACACUUAAUGUCUCCAGUUUGAAGAAUUGUUUGACUAAUGAAACACACUUACCAUUUAGCUGUUGAAUUUGAAAACCUCAAGAGAUUCAAUGACAAUUUUUUUUUUAAUUAACCCAAACAACCUGAUAAAUUGUCAUAUAAAAGUAAAGUUUCAAUUUAGUUUUUAA